CGCUCGCUGGCGUGACGUGUGUGUGGGUGCGCGCCGCUGCGCCAUGGCGGAGGUGAAGGUGAAGCCGGAGGUCCUCGACCCCAUGGAGAUAGAGAGCAGGAUCAUUGAGCUUUGUCAUCAGUUCCCUCAUGGUAUCACAGACCAGGUGAUUCAAAAUGAUAUGCCUCACAUGGAAGCCCAGCAGCGAGCCAUGGCGAUCAACAGGCUGCUCUCGAUGGGGCAGCUGGACCUUCUCAGGAGCAAUGCAGGUCUCCUGUAUAGAAUCAAAGAGUCUCAAAAUGCAAGUAAAAUGAAAGGCUCUGACAAUCAAGAGAAGCUGGUUUACCAAAUUAUAGAAGAUGCAGGCAACAAAGGUAUUUGGAGCAGGGACAUUAGAUACAAAAGUAAUUUGCCUUUAACAGAGAUCAACAAGAUACUGAAAAAUUUGGAAAGCAAGAAACUAAUUAAAGCAGUUAAAUCUGUAGCAGCAUCCAAGAAGAAGGUGUAUAUGCUAUAUAACCUGCAGCCUGACCGAUCAGUGACUGGUGGAGCUUGGUACAGUGACCAAGACUUUGAAUCUGAAUUUGUGGAGGUGUUAAAUCAACAGUGUUUUAAAUUUCUACAGAGUAAGGCAGAAGCAGCUCGAGAGAGCAAACAGAACCCCAUGAUACAGAGGAACAGCUCAUUUGCCUCAUCCCAUGAGGUGUGGAAAUACAUCUGUGAACUGGGUAUCAGUAAGGUAGAGUUGUCAAUGGAAGACAUUGAAACCAUUUUAAAUACACUAAUAUAUGAUGGGAAAGUGGAGAUGACUAUUAUUGCUGCAAAGGAAGGGACGGUAGGCAGUGUGGAUGGACAGAUGAAGCUGUACAGAGCUGUUAGUCCUCUCAUACAACCCACUGGAUUAGUCAGGACGCCCUGUGGACUCUGCCCGGUUUUUGAUGAUUGCCAUGAAGGUGGUGAGAUUUCUCCAUCAAACUGUAUUUAUAUGACAGAGUGGCUGGAGUUUUAAAGUGAAAGAAAACUGUAAACUGCAUUCAUGCUUCACAGCCAAGGUGACAAAGCAGCAACUUCAGGACAUGGAGUGACUUUGUUUUUAAUGAAACAUAAAGCAGCACUAUAUCAGUUGCGUGAGCAGUCCCGUGAGUGGGCUGGAAAUAGAGUCAGCACUGAAGAUCAAGGCUGAAGUGGAAAUGUAGAUCCAUUCUUGUACCAAAAAUUGGUUGUGUGACUUGAAAAGUGCCAUAGAACAGCUGGGUGGUGAUGCAUCACAUCCAAGGAUUGUGUCGAGUACUCCACAGAUGCUUAUUCUGAGUGAGAGAAAAUAAGUCAUUAGCUCAUCAGAAAAAAUUGCUAAUGUGUGUUACCAAGAAUGAGAUCCCAAACUUUGUUUUCAGACUAAUGCUACUGGUGGGUGCUUGAGUCCUAAAGCUGACAUUUUUCUCCUGUGAUAGCUACCAUCUAAUUGAAGACUAAGAAUCUGAUGUGGGAAAGAUCCUGAAUAUGUCAGACAGAACUCACCGAUUCUUUAAUUAUCUUUCUUAUCUGCUAAUUUAUCAUUAAACCCUGAUUUUUCUCAAGUA